CCAGCUCUUUAAUACAGCCCUGAAAGAGCAACACAGAUCACAGCAACACGAUCAUAACAUAAAAGAGACAAUGAUGGACUCUCACCUCAGAGGCACCUUGUGGAAGAUACUUGUCAUCUUCACACUGCCACAUUUCAGCUGCUAUGUGCUCUGCCCCAGCAGUUGCCUUUGUAAUUAUAAUAUAGGUUCUGUCAAGUGUGUUGGCUACACCAUCACAGAUAUACCAAAUCAGCUGCCUAACCACACAAACCUGCUGCAGCUUAAUGACACGAACAUGAACGUCAUUAAUGAGCAGAGCUUGGCAAAGAUGGACCUCCUGUUGCGUUUUAGUCUGACACACAGCCAUUUGCACACUAUUCAUCCCAGAGCCUUCCAUGUUGCUCCAAAGCUUAAGUCUGUCAAGCUGUCGUCCAAUGAUCUCUCUACCCUCCCUGCUCGGGUUUUCAGUCCAUUGACCUCUCUAGAGCAGCUGCAUUUAGAUGGGAACAAGUUGGAGACCAUUGCUCCGGAUUUGUUUGAAGGACUUGUCAGGUUGCUGGAUCUGGACCUGAGCUGGAACAAACUCAGUAGUCCUCCUUCAAAUGUUUUCAAUGGACUGACCCAACUUCAAUUUCUGAACCUUGGCCGGAACUCCAUAAAGAAACUUCCACCAACUAUCUUUCACGCCUUGACUAAUCUUCGCAAGCUUAUGAUCUAUUACAAUGAGCUAGAAGUGCUGGAAGCUGGGAUUUUUGAUGAACUUGUCAACCUUGUGGAGCUAAAGAUCUAUCAUAACCGGAUCACCAGCCUUCCACCUCAGGUGUUCUGGUCACUGAGGAACCUAACGGUCCUGAACCUUUCCUCUAACCGGCUUCAAGCUAUCCCAGAAAAGACCUUCUACAAUAUGCCAAAGCUGAGCAAGCUUACCAUUUUCAACAACCCGCUAUUAUCUCUACCAAACCAGUUGAUGGGUCACAUGCCUGACAUGACAGAAAUUUAUCUCUAUGCCACUAACCUCACCACUGUUCCUGGAAAUUUGUUUGCAAACAUGUCUGGGCUCCUGAGGCUUAAUCUUCAUUUGAAUGACAAGCUAAGGGACUUGCCGUCGGACCUCUUCUGCUGCAACCCCAAGCUUGAGAAGCUCUCAUUGAAAGACAACGACCUCCAUUAUCUACAUCCUCAACUGUUUUCUGGACUAACCACACUUGGCAUGCUGCUUCUUAAUGACAAUAAGCUGCAGAGCCUACCGGAAAACAUCUUUCAGGGCCUCAGAGGGCUUUUGUUGGUUGAUUUGAAGAAUAACGACCUUAGGACUCUACCAGGAGAAAUUUUGUUGUCAAAUACAGCUUUGAAGGCUCUUACUCUAAGUGGCAAUCCCUGGGACUGUACUUGUGGAAUCAGAGGUAUUGCAAAAUGGAUAAGACAUAAUGAACAUGUGGUUGUUGACAGACAUGAUGUGAUAUGUCAUAGUCCAGGGUACCAACUGCUCCGUACCAUUGAUUCCCUGCGUGAUGAGGAGUUCAACUUCUGCAAUGCUGCGAUAUUCAGAUCAAGAUGUUUUUCCAUAAAUGAGCCAACGACACCAUUCCAAACUGUUACAACGAACGGACAAACAUCAGUUGUAGCUUCAUUGACCACGCCGCAUACAACAACGCCAACACCCACUCAGGGAGCUACCCAACAAGUCGCCGUCCCAACAACCACACUGCUCACAACAACAUCAACCCCAUCUCAAGGAGCUACCCAACAAGUCAAAACACCAAUAACCACUCCAACUAUAAUACCAUCUAUCCUACCAACAGAGUUCCAGACUCCCACCACCACCACCCUGCCUAACGAGAAGUUUCAUCUCACCAAUGAGAUUGCCUUGUCUGAUUACAUGUCCCGUCCUUUCUAUGACACAUUGGUGGUUGAACAGGGGCCAGAGUUUGUUCACCACACAUUUCACAAGGGCUGGGUGUACGUGUGGUUUCUGCCCUCAGAUGAGGCCUUGACUGGGCUCCUCAUGUUUAGUCACAUCCUUCUUGUUGCUGCAGGCUUGUUCCUCAUUCUUGGCGCCAUGUUUUGCAUGUGUCGCCUCAACAAGACUAUGGACGAGCUGAAGGCUGAGGGUACACGUCCUCCAGUUAUCAACUUCCUGAAACCAGAAGACCUGACUGAUUUUUCUAUGGCCCUUAGCUCAUUUCUUAUUAAAGACACUGUUUUGAGGGAAGUGCGCCCUGGUACAUUUGAUAGUACUCCAAACCUAGUUACCCUAAUCUUUAGUACUACCGAACUGAAUGAUCUCCCUGAGGCCUUGUUCCAAAAUCUUCAGAAGCUCGAGAGUCUGAAUCUGAAGAGCAACAAGCUCUCUGUACUCCGGCCUAACUGGUUUUCCACAUUGACAGAGUUAAAAUUCCUUGACCUCAGUAAGAACCUUUACACAUAUGUACCUGUGGAAACAUUUCAUCCUCUUAUUGAGCUUCAGUUCCUUUCGCUUUCUGGAAACAUUAUCAGUCAAUUACAGAGAGAGACUUUCAAGGGUCUUUCUAAGCUCAAAACCUUAAGGCUUAACAAAAACUUGCUACAGGAACUCCCACUUGGCAGUUUGGAUGACCUUAAAAAUCUGGAGGAACUAUCGCUACAUGACAAUCUAAUUACUCAUUUCCACCAUGACCUGUUCUCCAAGACUUUGAAUCUACGGAAACUGUUCCUCUCCCACAACAGGCUCACAUCUCUUCCACAAGGGAUCUUCUUAAACUUGCCUCUCCUUUCCCAGAUCUCCCUGUAUGAAAAUCAACUAGAGAGUCUGGGACCAGGAGUGUUUGGGCCCAUGGCCCUAAAGGAGUUGUGGCUGUAUGACAACAAGCUGAGCCGUUUGGAAGAUGACACAUUCAGGAACUUGACUCAGUUGCAUCUCCUCGUAAUCAGUCGCAACCAGAUCAGCUCUGUUUCCAAAAGGGCCUUUGAAGGGUUGGAGAAGCUGGAAGAGGUAUCCCUUCACACCAAUCUUCUCACAACCCUGCAAGCUGGGACUUUCCAAGGUCUGCCCAAUCUGGUAAAUAUUUCCUUGGAGCACAACAACAUCAGCUCCCUCCCUUUGGGUUUUCUCCAGGGCCUGAGCAGCCUGGGACAGAUAGACCUCCGAAAUAACUCCCUUCCCAACCUGCCACAGGAAAGUCUAAAUGCCCUUACGGCAGCAAAUGAAGUUCUCCUGCAGCAGAACCCAUGGAGGUGUGACAAAAAUAUUUUGCCACUGAGAGACUGGAUGUUACAGCACCCAUCUAAGGCCAACCAAACUCUUGUGGUCUGUGAAACACCUUUCAGUCGGAACGGUGAGGUAAUUGCUCUGCUGGCAGAUGAGGACUUCCGGCCUUUCAGCUCAACAGAGCAGCCUGUGUUGACCUCAACAGAGAAGAGGAGGAAACCCCACACUCCACCAAUUAGUCAAGGCACUUCCUCACCUGCCGUCAAGACUACCCCCACCUCAGAGCACGCAGAGGUCACAAGCAGUGGACAAGGGGAGAAGGAAACAGUUUUAAAUGAUACUUCGGUCAUUCUCAUUGUCAUCGCAGUAGUGACCACCGUCAUCAUCAGCACUGUGAUCAUCAGCUGUUUGUGCUGGAAGCAAAACAAGAGAGGCAGGGGAAAUAUAGCCGGCAGAAAUAAGAACUCUGUGCUAAUAAGCAUGUCAAGAGAAGAAAUCACUGUUCUUUGUCUGUUAUUACUGUUUGAGUCUUCAUUGUCUCAAACCCAACCAUGUGAAAAGGAGACAGACUGCCCCAAAGAAAACCAGGAUGUUUACAGUUCAUCUACGACGGAAAUCCCACGCUUGCUGAGAUCAGGUGUGACAGAGGUUUUCUUUGUGGGUAGCCAGUUUAAAACAAUCCCCAAAGCAGCCUUUGUUGAAAACCCACAGCUCGAAAAGGUGGAGUUCAUGAACACCAAUACAACAUCUAUUGAGCCAGGAGCUUUUGAAGGUUUGAUAGACCUCAAGUACAUUGAGAUCUCCAGCACUCCAAUAACGAUGAUCCCAGUGGGAGUCUUUAAAGACCUCAGCAACCUGGAGAGGGUUGUACUAAAGCUAAACAAGCUCCGUAGUCUGCAGAAAGGUUUGUUUGAUGGCCUUGACAAAGUAAAAGAGCUCCUGUUACAUGCCAAUGAGAUUGAAUCAAUUGAAGACGGGACGUUUGAUGGUCUCAGGAACCUUCUAGUGCUUCAUUUAGCUAAAAACAAUCUCACCGCUGUAUCUUCAGACUGGUUCUCAAGCUUAAACAAGCUGCAGACACUACGGCUGUACGAGAAUCAACUGACCACCAUUCCUGAUGAGAUUUUUAAGAAUUUGCCAAACUUGAAGGAAAUUGGCUUGCAGGGAAACCAAAUAUCAGAAUUGUCCCCUAAUCUAUUUCCCCAUAAAGACAAGCUAAGUAAGCUGCUUUUGGAUGGUAACCUACUGACUGGUUUACCUCAAGGAUUCUUUGUUGGCUUUCCUCAGCUCAAAACGCUGACCCUACACAAAAAUAAACUGACUAGUCUACCACCUGUGCUUUUUGGAGAAAUGCCUAAAUUGACAGAAUUAAGCCUAAGUCAAAAUGAUCUCAGCACUCUUCCUAAAGAACUAUUCAGUCCUCUGAAGAAACUCAAGAAGUUAGAUCUGUCUAAAAAUCACUUUAUCACCUUGUUUGCUGAGUACUUUGAAGGCCUUGAGAAGCUAACUGAGCUGAAUCUACUGAACAACAAGAUAAAUGUGUUGGACGCGGAUGUGUUUGAAAAGCUACAAUCACUGAUGACACUCAAGCUGGCACACAACAACCUCCAGAUGCUUCCUGAUGACAUUUUUGAGCCUUUAACGAAACUGAAAAAACUUUACCUCAAUGACAACCCUUGGCGCUGUGACUGUAAUCUGAUACGUCUUCAUCUCUGGAUGAAGGCAAACUCUGACAAGAUUGUGUCUCCUGUUGUCUGUGAGUAUCCAGAUGUUCUAAAAGGACAGGAAGUCAAAUCGUUAACAGAGGAUCAAUUUAUUUGCCCCACCCUUCGCCCCACAACCACAAUUCUAACGAAUACAACAACCAUCACUCCCACUACUAUAUUUCCAACCACAGAACUAACUACCACCAUCCUUACUACCAUGACACCAACAACCACUAUGAAAACUACAACCACCCCUGUCUCCACCACACCACAGGCCACAACUACAACAGUACCAACUACUGUUCAGCAAACAACCACUAUAACAACAACCAUACCCGCAACUACUUUAACAACAACACCAACAACAACCACACCCACAACUACUCUAACAACAACGCCAACAACAACCACACCCACAGCUACUCUAAAAACAACACUAGCAACAACCACACCCACUAUAACAACAACCACACCCACAACCACUAUAACAGAAAACACACCCACAACUACUCCAACAACAACCCCACUGAAAACAACCACACCCACAACCACUGUAACAACAACCACACCCACAACUACUCUCACAACAUCCACAACUACUUUUACAACAACCGCACCCAGAACAACUGCAUCAACAACCGCUAUGACCACAACUACACCUUCAACACGUAUACCUUACACAACUAUGCCCACAACCACCACACUCAUGACUACCCAACCAACCAUUCCCCAAACAAUGACGGCUCCUCCACAAACUACUCCAGUGAUCUUUACCUGUCCUAUGGAGUCGGUCACUCAGGAGCCAUUGCCUUCCUUCACAUAUCAGUAUAGAAACAAAGUUCAGGGGUGCAAAUCUCAGAUGAUGAUCUACACCGCGCUGCUUUUGGUGGAGAUCACCUGCACACUGGUGCUGGCUAAGUUCACCCUGUCUCUUUACCGUCUGCUGCAGGGCAGGGAGAGGAUUUACCAGAGGGUCAAACUCACACGCUUCUCCUACAGGAAAGAGGUCAUCCUCAGGCCUCUAAAAGAGGCAGAGACUGAAAGACUUUAAACAACAACAGCAUUUUAGCCAUUUGAUCUUCCAAAGCAUCCCUAGCUAAGAUGUUAACCCCCCCCCCCGUCCUUUUUGCUUGUAUAAAAGCUAACAUGUAAUAUUAUCAGCUAUAAUCAAAAUUCUUCAGUUAACAAUGUCUAUUUCUCUAUUUGCAGCUACCCUCAGCAUUAUGGAGCUUUAUAGUGUGUUAUACUCAUUGUUAAGCUGUCCAACAGGAAUAAAUACAUACAUAUAAGAUCUGAAAUUGUAAAUGUCAAAGGAGCUAUACAUGAACUAAAACUGAGCUUUAACCUGCAUUAACUGAUUUUCUGGCUAACUGGGUCAGUAGAAAUGAGCUGUGAGCACAUUGACAUAGUAUCACCUUGAGGUGUGACGUUGAUGCAAGCAGUUGUCUAUUUACACAUCCAGCAGAUAAAGAGGUAGAAUGUUAUUUAUUUGGAGAUUGUGUUUCUUGCUAAAUGAUUUAUAUAAGACCAAUAUUUAUUCUUCUUUUGGCUCUGUUUUUUUAUCUCUCCCAACUGUUGAGGGAAAUAUUUUUAGCUGCUAAAUGCUCCACUGUGUUUACAUGUUAGUUAACUGUGUCUAUUUGCUGUUUGGUGCUGAGCUAGGUUUUUAGUAUUUUUUUAAAUUGAAAACCGCUGCUGGAAAUUAUGUUAUGAGCGGUAAGAGUAAAGCAAAACAAUUUGAAGUUAAGAGUUGUAAAACCAAAACAAUGAGCUGAAAGACAUGAUGCACCACACAAAUAGCAUAAGGGGAACUGCAGUUGGGUGAUGAUUCUCUGUGUUUUCCAUGAACCACAUGUCAUGUGUUUCGUUGUUAAAAUUUAAAUAUAUAUCAUAGGAACUUUAAAUUAAAAUGUUAAUAAAAUAUCAAUUAAUGGUACA